AAGUUCGAAGUUGUAAUAAAAGUGUAAAACAAAUAAAUUCGUGAUUUCAUUCUGCGUAAUUUGAUUCAUCAUUUGAUUAAUAGUUUGUCGUCCUUCAACGAGCGAUGUUCGGUUAUUGAAACUGUUAUCGUAGAUAAAAAUAAUUAUCUUGCUUCGGUCUCGGUAUCUCUUGAAGAGUUGACUGCUGACUCAUUUCGUGCCAAAAAGUUUCCGUCGUUUUAAUGUUGAUAAACACCUGACAUUGGAGUAUUUUUUGUCCAGUAACUGCCGAAAACCGAAAUGUUUGGACGCAAAACUAGCAGUGCUCCUUCGAAGCCGUCAGCCGACAGACCGAGGAAAAAUUUAUCCCAGUAUGGAUUGUUGGAUAUCGAUAACAUGUCAAAUAUAGACGAUUUUGGGCACAUGGAUGACGACGAUGAUGACGAUGAUUUGGAAGCGGAACUUUUAGCUUUAACGAAGAAAAACGCACCUAAACCAAAAGUUAAAGCCAAACCGGUAGUUGAUCCUGCCGAAUUGGAUAGAAUGGUACAGGAAAGCUUACGCGAUAUACCCUCUGACGAUGAUGUGUCUUCGGGCGAAGAUGAUCCCAGCCUAUUGGCUGAGUUACACGAACUACAAUCUGAUGGAGAAAAUGAAGAGUCAUCGCAUCCAGCUCCAGUUCAACCAGUAGUGACAUCAUCUACGAAAGAUAUAUUAGAAGAACGACUGAAAUUAUAUCAAGCUGCCGAACAAAACGCUAAAAAUGCCGGCGAUUCUACGAAAGCUAGAAGAAUGACGCGAGGUAUUACUACUUUGAAAGAUUUAUUAAGGAGAGCGAACUCCGGAGCUACUAUUAACGUAGAUGAUAUUCCACCAGUCGUUUCGACCGGAUCUUCUAAACCUCCUCCAACGCCAGCUGAAACGCCUGAAAAACCACCCGAACAUAGUGUACCGACUCCUCCGAGCGUUUCUUCGGUUCCUCCGCCGAUACCGCCUCGUUCUUAUCCGUCAUCGCCAGUUGAAGAUUCCAAUACCCGUCAAGUUGAAACUCGAUCAAGCGGAAGUGCCAAUAAUGUAAUUGAUAUAUUGAAAGAACGUGAAAUGCAAUAUAAGAAAGGCGCUGUUUUCGCCAAGAAAAAUGGAGAUCUUCAGACUGCAUUAGCUUAUAUGAAAAUCGUCAAGGGCUUGGAACCACUUAUCAAAGAAGUCGAAGCAGGAGCUAUGGUUAAUUUAGAUUCAUUACCUCCUGCUUUACCGGAUUCGUUGCCAAGUCCGGCUACAAAAUCGGUCAGCCCUCCGCCCUCACUGAAACGUCAAGAAAGUGAAAAACAAACGUCAACUUCGCCGAGUGUGAUAUCCGAAGAACAUCAAAAGAGCAUCGAUACGCCUCAACCGACAGUUUCAAGUCCAAACGUUAUACCACAACCAAAAACUGUUUUGGAGGCUUUAGAACAACGCAUGAAAUUAUUUAAAGAUAGAGAAGAAACAGCAAAAAAAGAAAACGAUAGUGGCAAAGCUCGUAGAAACGCGCGUAUCGUUAAACAAUACGAAGACGCUAUUAAACUUCACAAAGCUGGAAAACCGAUUCCUGCGGACGAAUUACCAACACCUCCUGGCUGGCCACCAAUUCCGUCAAGUGACAGUAAACCAAGCACUUCUUCGAUCGAAACUCCAAAAUCUCACGAUACGCCUGAUAAAGAACCUGAGAAAACACCUGUGAGAGUACCUAGUGCUGUAGCUACCAAAGGCCAUUCCGCUGCUCACGUUUCACGAAAUGAAAAACAACUCGAACAGAUUCUAGAGAGACAAAAAGCUUUCAAAAACGCUGCAUUAAAAGCCAAACAAGACGGCGAUAUGGUAAAAGCUAAAGAAUAUCUACGAGUUGUAAUGGGCAUUCAACCAAUGAUCGAUGCAUCCAAGAGCGGAAUACCUAUUGAUUUAAAUUCGCUUCCUGUCCUGCCUAGUGAGAAUAUUUCUGUGGAUGAACCUAGUGGAGAUGUUAUACAGUUGAGUAACUGUAUCCCAGGAAGUGAUCUAGACGUUUACCAUAAACUAGAAACUGAUCUUACGCAUCAAAUAGAGCUAUGUUCUACUACUAAAGAACAUUUCAAAGCCAUAGGUGAUAUUGUGAAUGCCAACAGAUUCGAUCAAUUAGGUUUGCAAUGUAAAAAAGAUUUGAAGUUUGUGCGACUGGCGAAUAGCAGCAAUUUAAGAGUACCUAAAUUUCAUUACGAGUCGAAAUCCUUUUCGAUUGUUCAAUGUAAUACUGAUUUGACUGAUAACGAUGUUGAAGUAUCUGUUGUUCAAGGAGUGAAUUAUAAUGUUCCAAAUCCGAAAGAAAUCGAUACCUAUGUCAAAUUGCAGUUCCCUUAUCCAACGGAAACUCCUCAGCAAUACAAAAGCGCAGUCGUAUACAAUACAAAUAAUCCUGCGUACAAUUUUAUCACAACUUUUGCUAUUGACAGAAAUUCCAGGCCAUGUCAGCGAAUUUUCAAACGUCAAGUAUUAAAAUGUGAAAUUUGGUCCAAAGGUUCUUAUUGUUGUUGCUUCAGCGGAUUCUUCAGAAGCGAUUCUCUACUUGGUACCGCUAGUGUGAAAUUGGCUCCGCUGGAAACUCAAUGUACGCUUCAUGACGCUUACGAUUUAAUGGAUGGUCGUAGAACGGUUGGUGGUAAAGUUGAGCUGAAAAUUAGAAUACGAGAUCCUAUUGCUCGAAAACAAGUUGAACACGUUGAAGAAAAAUGGCUGAUAAUUGAUUCGUGAUGAGUGUAGAUGAAUUUUUUCCUCGUCAUACAAAACUGUUCGUUGAGCUCAGAUUUUAAUUUUUAUUCGCUAAUUUUUUUUUCAAACUAUGUUUUAUAUCUAUAUUCGAAUGAAUUGCAUUCUUAUUGUUUUAUUCUAAGGGGAAAAAAUUUCCACCAGGGAAUUUUCCGUAAAUCGUAAUGGGAAAUAUACUGUUUCUUAUAUAAAUCAGUUACUUACUUACUUUUUAAAUGUGUUUUUCAUUUUUACGAAUACUUACGUAGUUAUUGAUAAUUUAGCUGUAUCAAUUUUGAAAUUAUAUUUCAAAUGUAAACAUCAUUCUGGUAUUCGCGUUUUGAAUUUUAUACUACAUAUAUUAUGGGGAUGUUCAAAUUUUAUACUGGUGAAUUUUCUUGUUCGCAAAUCGUAUUGUUAAGUUAUUUUUUCUAUCAACUUAAGUAUUUGUUUAUCUAGGCCUGUUUUAUAUUUUGAGGCACAACUUCAUAAAAACAAAAUGUGAUCAGUUCUGUUACCUGUACCCUUUACCUACCCAUGCUUUUUUUACGUACUAUGACAAUUGCUUUUGUAUCUGUAUUGUACAGGUUUUCAGUAUCUUUUCAGCUGGUGAAAUAAAUCUGUUUACCUAUUUUUA